UCCUACAAGAACGAUUGUAAAAUAUUCUUAUUGUUAUUGAUCACGCCACAAGAAAAUGUCGUUGUAAACUGUCUUGCACGAAAAUCUACAGCUCUGCGAUAAUUCUACAUAGAAACAAUUACAUCAUGAUUAAACUAGACAAUAUAAAAUCCCCGACCACGUCUAAAUUGAAUGUUAGACUAAAGGAUGAAUCGGAAUACACCUCUAGAAAAAAACGUACUCGUGUUAAAAUCAAGAUAUCUCGUACAAAUUCUAAAAGUAGGGUAUGUAAUAUCGUUGAAAAUAAAAAUGAUUUAAUUGAUAAAACUCCGAGCCCAUUUACUAAGUCGUUCGAAGAAGACAAAGGAGCUGCACACGAUGGAACUCUGAAUAAAACUUCCGAAAUAUCUAUCACAGAGCCCAGUGAGAUAGAGCACGGAGACAAUAUUGGAGAAAGGAAACAACAAGUAUUUAGGAAAGUUAAUUUAAAUUAUAUGUUGAUAGAAUCGGAUAGCGAGCCUGGAAUAUUAGGAACUAAGGAUAAAUUACUAACUAUGGAAGACAUAAAAAAUAAUUCAAAGAGGAAACGAGAUGACAAGAAAGAUAUUAACAAAAUAGAAGAAAUACCAGGAAAACGUAUGAAACUUUUUAAAGAAAAUACAAAGAGGGAUAAUAAUUCUGCAAUUAAUAGAGAGAAAAAUACUUCAAAUAAUUUAUUACAUUUUUUCAGCAAAUCAACGAUAGGACUAGAGCAAGAAGAUAAAAUAGAAGUAAAUGUGUCAACAACUAUAGUAGUAAAAGCUGAUGUACACAGGUCGGAAAUACCUACAGCUCUAACUGAUACAGCAGAAACUAAAUCAGGUUUCGAACAUAGGAUAAAGGCCAAUAAAUCAAAAAUGGAAUAUUCGAGUAUAGAUAAAAUAGAUUUAAUAACGUCGGAAGGAACAAAACAAGAUCCAAGCAUAGAAGAAAAAUCACAAUUGCUGCAACGCAAUAAGCCUAGAUGGUCUUUAAGAAUUAAAAUGCAGUCUCCAAAAGAUAAGGAAUCUUCAUCUGAUAGCAACGAAGAAGGGAUAUAUUUUUCAAGAAGUAAAAUAAAAUAUGACAUGGAAGAAAGGAAACGAUCUAAGACAUUACACGAUAAUACUUUUACCGAAAAGAGGUAUACAAAUGAACAUGCAAGAUUAAAUUUGGAAAGGAAUGGUCGAAGAAAUAAAUCUGAUACAGUGGCCACUUCUCCUAACAAUGCAAUACAGGAAGAUUUUACCGAUGAUAUUAUACUUGAAAGAGAAAGAAAACAAUUAAGGCAUAUAAAAAAUGUAGAAAAAUGUAAAAAUUGCAAUAACAAUGAAAUUGAUAUUGAUAUGAAGAACGUUUCCAAGGAAUUACGAAUUAUAGAUGAUCAUGUUUUAGAAAAAAAACCGCAUAAAAAACUUGCACCUCUUUUUAUUAAACAAUCUAAACCAAAUGCUAUAAAUGUGGCAACAAGGAGUUCAUUUUUACAAUCGGAUAUAAUUAAUAAUGACGGUAAAAGUCUAGAGAAAAAGGUACCUAGUUACAAUUUGAUUUAUUUUCCUUUUCCAAAAAUUAGUCAUAUUAGACAAUUGAAUAAUGAAAUUCAAACUAAUGAUGAAGCGGGUACCCAUAAAAUUCGAAUAAAGUCAGAUACGAAAUAUAUACCGAUAAUGAAUCAUGGUGAUUACAAAUAUAUUUCUCGAUCUCCUAAAUUAUCAAAUAAGCCUCCGAUGACUAUAAAUGCAUCAGUUGAAAAAACUACAGAGGAAAUAUUGACAGAAAUCGAAAAGCGUUGUGCAGAUGCCAGAAAUAUGUGGGAAACCGUUAUCUCUAUAGCAAAGGAUAAGUUUAGCUUAGUACAAUCGGAAAGAUCAAAAAGUAAGAAAUCAAAAUCAAUAGAGAAUGGUCUAAUGAAAGAAUGUGAGAAAAAGCUGAUUGCAAACAGUAUUUGGACACAGAAAUAUAAACCAAUGAAUAGUCGUCAAAUAGUUGGCAAUGAAGAUGCUGCAAGAAAAUUAAGAGAUUGGCUAAGUCACUGGAGAUCGUCUCUACGUAAAGAACAUGCUAGCAGCGGUGAUGAAUUUUAUUCGUCGGAUUGUAGUUUUACAAGUAGAAAUGAUAAUAAUCAAGUAGCAGUGUUAUUAGGGCCACACGGAAGUGGCAAAACUGCUAGUGUUUAUGCUGUCGCGGAAGAGCUUGGUUAUAGUAUAUUGGAAGUCAAUGCUUCAUCUAGAAGAACGGGCAAAAAAAUUUUGAAGGAACUCGACGAAGCGACUAAAUCGCACAGAAUUAAAAAGAACGAAAGCAAAUUAUUGGUCAGGCCAGUUUUGAAAAAAGCAAAUGAUUUACCGCAAAAUUCAUUAAUUCUUUUGGAAGAUAUUGAUUUAAUAUUUGAAGAAGAUGAAGGAUUCAUCUCUGCUACAUCCCAAUUGGUGUCCAACACAAAACGUCCUAUCGUAAUGACGUGCAAAGAUGUUUGCCCUCAUUUAUAUAAAAUGGCACCCGAACAAAACCGGAUUUAUUUUCAAAAAAUAGUUGGAAAUAGGGCAUCAACUUUGUUAGAAUUAAUUUCAUUAGCAGAAACGGGUUCUAGAAUUUCGUGCGAAUAUUUAACAGAGCUUCUACAAAAUGGGGAUUUAAGAAAAGCUUUAUUACAAUUGCAGUAUCUGCUAGUCUCAGGUUUCACGCAUGUAACUAGAUAUCCUAUUAAUUCAAGAAGCAUAUUGUGGCAAGAUAUAAGGUAUUAUAUAUAUCAGCCAGCUAUAAAAGAAAAUAAAAAACAAAAGGCGAAAGGUCGCUUAACGAAUAAGAGUACAAAUAUACUGACUAAUUUAGCUGAUCAUUUAGAUAACUUAUCAUUGUUACCAUCUUUAAUUGAGAUUAAUGAUCCUGCGCUUGAUAUGGUAUGUACCAAACUACAGCCCGGUUUAUCUCUAACGGAGGACACGACGUCGUAUUCUGUUUUGCAAGAUAUAAGUUCAGAAAUAGGAGAAUGGAUUGAUCAAAAGAUAAUUCGGAAGAAUUAUUUAAACGAGAAAAACAGAAUCCAAUAUCAAGGCACGUUAAGCUUAAGAAAGCAAUUAAACAAAGGAAUCGAUAGUGCUUUGUCACAAAUAACAUCCUAUACUUCAGACAAUCGAUCUGUAUCUUUAGAUUACUUACCAUGCGUUAGAACGAUAUGUAGAACGGAAGAAUGUCGAACGGUAUCAAAUAUUAAAAGAGGUAAUCGAUUUUUUCACUAUCUUAAUGGAUUAAGAUUACCGGCCACGUCGAUAAAACCUAAUAUAUUAGCAGCCGCGUGUACAAUGCUACAAGAAAAAUCAUGAUUUGAUAUCUCGUCGAUCAGAAUGCAUAUAUGCAAAUGUGAAUAAAGUAUGUGUGCCCUUUUGGGAUAGUAUUAUGGCAAUUAAAAUUGCGCACAUAAAUCGCGAGUUUUUGUAACAUUUAUUAAUGUUUUGAUCGAACACAAUAUAUUUCUUGAUUGUAUCAUAAGAAAGUUAAAGUUAUAUUACACUCGAUUAUAAUCGUAUAAAAUGUAUAAUUUUGUUGCUACGAGGAACUUGUACUAGUAUUUUUUAAAUGCACGUUCAUGCGUUGUAAUGGAUAUAUCUUUUGAAAAUGCAUAAUAAUCUUUGACUUUUUCUCACGAUUCUCGUUAUAUUAAAUAUAAGUAGAAUGUAAUAUCAAUUAAUAUGAAGAAUGCGGUAAUCUGACAGAAAAAGAUUCUUCUAAUUUCUAUAUUAAUUAUAACGUGGAAUCGUUUCCAAAUAUAUUGGACGGAACGAAUGAACGGAAACCUCAGAAAUUAUAAAACAAUAGCAAUAAAUAUGAGUGCCUUAGGAAAAGUGAUAACAGAAAUGGAUAUUAUCUUCUUGUUAUGAAAUUUUAUUAUUUUUUUCACUUUUACAUAUGAUAAAUUGUUUGAAUUAAAUCUUUAUGUGAUGUAAUUUGCGGUUCAACUCUUCGAACUUCAAAAUUUUACGUAUGAAAAAAUCUCCAUAUCUAUGUGCUACUUUCGUGUCCGCGAUGUGAAUCAUAUCAUGAUCGAUGUAGAAAUCCAACUGUAAAGAUAUAAUUUGUAUGAUUAUUAAAUAUUUAUCUCGCGCACACCAAUGUGUCUCAUAUAUUAAAUAGAUGUAUAAGAAUUUAUA